AUGCUCAGAUACACUCUCCAUGCGACUGCGGCAGCUCGCGUAUGUUCUCUCUUCAACCAUCGACUCUCAAUUCACCAAUCGAAGCAGCUCCGGGACGUAUCCGACUUGUCCCAAUCCGAAUUAGUCGAUCGCAUUUGCCGUCUCCUCGUACUCCGCCGCUUCACCGCGAUAUCCACCCUUUCUUUCGACUUCUCCGACGACCUUUUAAACCAAGUCUUAACCAAACUAAAAUUAAACCCAAACGCGUGUUUACAUUUUUUUAAACUAGCUUCGAAGCAGCAGAAAUUUAGACCCCAUGUUAAAUCAUAUUGUAGAUUAGUUCACAUUCUGUCGAGGGCGCGUAUGUUCGAUGAAACGAGAGCGCAUUUGAGGGUACUAGUUGGGUUCUGUGAGGAAGAUAGUCGUUUGGGUUUGUAUAUUUGGCAUCAGUUAGUUAGGUUUUAUCGGGAAUUUGGAUUUUCUCCUACGGUGUUCGACAUCAUCUUGAAGUUGUACGCGGAAAAAGGGUUGACAAAGAAUGCACUCUACGUGUUCGAUGAAAUGUGUAGGUUGGGAAGAGUGCCUAGUUUGCAUUCUUGUAAUGGUUUACUGAGUGGUUUGGUUAGGAAGAAAGAGUUUCAUUCCGUUUUUGUAGUCUAUGAUCAGAUGAACACGAUUGGACUUGUGCCUGAUGUAUGCACUUGUAGUAUUAUAGUGAACGCAUACUGUAAAGAUGGGAAAGUGGGAAGAGCUGCAGAGUUCAUGAGAGAGAUUGAGGAGGACAUUGGUGUGGAGCCUAACAUAGUAACAUACAAUAGUUUGAUCAACGGGUAUGUUUCUAUAGGUGAUCUCAUAAGUGCAAAAGGAGUUUUGAGAUUGAUGAAUAAUAGACAUGUGUUCAAGAAUGUGGUUACAUAUACUCUGAUCAUUAAGGGAUACUGCAAACAAGGGAAAAUGGAAGAAGCUGAAAAGUUGCUUAAAGACAUGAAAAAGGAGAAUCCAUCAUUCAUCUUAGAUGAACAAGCUUAUGGUGUUUUGAUAGAUGGGUUUUGUCAAAUAGGAAAGAUGAAUCAUGCUGUUCGAAUUCAAAGCGAGAUGUUAAAAGCAGGAUUGAAGUUAAACUUGUUUAUUUGCAAUUCGAUGAUCAAUGGAUACUAUGGGUAUUUUAGGGAAGGUUUUAUAUCCAAGGCUUUUGAUCUCUGUGAAAAGAUGGUUCAUGAUGGCAUAGAUGUAAAUAUUGUAACUUAUAAUACCCUUUUGAAAUCUUUUUGCCAAGAUAACAACAUCAACAAGGCUUUACAACUUUGGCAUCUCAUGAUAAAACGAGGAGUUUUGAUGUUAUGGAAACAGUUUUUAGCUAAAGGGUUUAUUAAACCAGUAAUUGGGUUUAAUAUAAUGCUUAAUGGACUAUGCAAAAUGGGAAAAAUGGAUGAAGCAGAAAAAGUCUUUGAUAAGAUGAAAGAACUCGGUUGUCCACCAGACAAAAUUACCUAUAAUACCCUUGUUGAUGGGUACUGUAAAGUUGGAAACAUGGAAAUGGCUCUUGAAAUCAAGGACACCAUGGAUACAAAAUCUAUCCCUUUGUCUAUUGAAAUGUAUAACUCUCUUAUCACUGGAUAUUUUAGAUGUGGGAAAAUGAAGAUGAAGAGAGUCACAGAUUUACUCGGUGAGAUGCAUAACAGAGGAAUAAUCCCCAACAUUGUAACAUAUGGUGCCCUAAUUUCUGGUUGGUGUAAAGAAGGGAAGCUGGAUAAAGCAUUCACUACAUAUUCUGAAAUGAAAGAAAAGGGUUUUACUCCUAAUGUUAUCAUAUGUAGCACAAUGGUGAGUUCACUUUAUAGAAAUGGCAUGAUUGAUGAAGCAAACAUGUUACUUCACAAGAUAAUGGAUUUUGAUCUUUUACCAAAGGACAAAAGUCUUGAGAAAUUCUUCGAGUGGGAUAUGAAAAAGGUAAAUUUCCAAAAAGUUUUUAACAUUGUUAAUGGAGUUGUGGAAUCCACUUUUCUUCCAAACAAUGUUGUGUACAAUGUAGCAAUUGCAGGGUUGUGUAAAGUUGGAAAAGCUGAUGAUGCAAAAAAAUUCAUUUCUGUGUUGUUAGAGAAAGGAUUUGUUCCUGAUAAUUUCACUUAUUGUACCCUAAUUCAUGCUUUAUCGAGUAAUGGUGAAGUUAAUGAGGCUUUUAGUUUGCGUGAUGAGAUGUUGACAAAAGGUCUUGUUCCUGAUAUUGCUACAUAUAAUGCUUUGAUAAAUGGGUUGUGUAAAUCAGGGAAUGUUGAUAGAGCAUUGAGACUAUUUUAUAAACUUAGGUCAAAAGGGGUGGAUCCAAAUGUUAUUACUUAUAAUAUUUUGAUCGAUGGAUGUGAUAAGAAUGGGAAGAGUUGUGAGGUAGUGAAAUUGAAAGAGAAAAUGGUGAAAGAAGGUAUUGCUACUUCAGUUGUGACAUAUUUAAGUGAAGUGAGAGAAGCUGCUAGCUGA